AGCUGGAGCCACCUCGGCGGGGUCGGACGGGGCCUGGCCCUGCUCGUGGCCACCUGCCCGCCCAGGACUGGCCCUCUGACAGGGCCCUAGGGCCACCCGGGUGCUCGCCAGCCAGGGUGGGUGCCAGGGCCCAGUAGCCCCCGGGCCAGUGGGGAUGGGCCAGCCAUCACACCCCGGGGGACCCGGGCUCUGAGGGCUGCCUUGACACCAGAGCCAUGGACGCCAACCUGCCGGGAACCUUCCUGCUCAAUGGCCCCUCACUGGGCCCCUUCCCCGAGGCCAAGGCACCCGUCUGCCAGUACUCGGUGCAGAGCUCCUUCUACAAGCUGGGCCCCCCCGGGCUUGGUGCCCAGCUGGCCGCCGGCACCCCCCAUGGCAUCUCCGACAUCCUCAGCCGGCCCGCGGCAACGCCGAACAGCAGCCUUCUCCCCGGCUACCCCCACGCAGGCGGAUUUAAUGGACUGAGUUCCCCGGGCGUCUAUUACGGGCCCCAGGUGGGGGCCCUCCCCAAGGCCAGCGGCGAGUACCUGCCACGGGGCCGGAGCUGCUGGGCAGAGGCAGCCCCAGACUGGCGGGGCGGCCGGCAGUGCGGUGGCCCCCCGGCUCACCUGGCCGACAGCAUCCACAAGAAGAAGCACACGCGCCCAACCUUCACGGGGCACCAGAUCUUCGCGCUGGAGAAGACUUUUGAGCAGACCAAGUACCUGGCAGGUCCGGAGAGAGCACGGCUGGCCUAUUCCCUCGGUAUGACUGAGUCCCAGGUGAAGGUCUGGUUCCAGAACCGACGGACCAAAUGGAGGAAGAAGAGUGCCCUGGAGCCCUCCUCGUCCUCACAGCGGGCGGGGGGCUCUGGCGGAGAGCGGGCAGCCUCUGAGACCGAGGACGACGAGUACAACAAGCCCCUGGACCCCGACUCAGAUGACGAGAAGAUCCGGCUGCUGUUGAGGAAGCACCGUGCGGCCUUCUCGGUGCUGGGCUUGGGCACGCACAGCGGCUGAGCGUGGCACAGCCCGCCCCUCUGGGCCAUGGGGCACCCAGCCUGGCCACCUGCUUCCUGCUGGGGGGGUGACCCCCCACAGACGCCCGGCUGUGGGGAUGGGGCAGCUGCCGCCCCCCCUCCUGGUGGCUCCUGCCCAGGGAUCGUGGCUCGCAGGGCUGGGAGCAGCACGUGUGGGCAGUGUCAGGCGCGGCCGAGCUGUCGGCACUGAUGAAAUAAAGGUCCCAGCCAUGUCCCAGCGCUUGCUUCGCGGGCGUGUGGUCCAGGGUGCCCUCAUGAGGCCGGGCCGGAGAAGGGGCUGGGAUGGCGCGCAUGGGGCAGGGUCUGCGUGCAGGCAGGGGAAGGGGCCGCGGCUGUGGUGCUGUGCGUGGGGCAGGAAGAGCCCACAGGAGCGGGGCAGCCCUGGGGACGUUUCCCAGGGUUUUCCCCAUUUUGG